AUGGGGCGGCUGCGUGAGCCUGGAGACCCCUCCCCCCGGGCGUCCCGCCACUUUGGCCCGAGUUGCCGCAGGGCUGAAAGCUUCGAGGAGACCCCGCCCACAAAUCAGCACCUUAGCGGCCUCCCCAGGCAGCUCCGGACCAAUAGGAGCGCAGCGACUUUCCCCAGCCCGCCCCCUGAGCGCCUGGCCUCGCCUCCAACCGCCGUGGCCUGGGCUGCCGCAGGGCUGGAUGGUUUCGGGAAGCCCCGCCCACAGACCCUCCUUCAGAGGCCUCCGCGCCAGCUCCAGUCCAAUAGGAGGUCAGCGUCCCGCCCCCGCUCCGCCUCCGGCCUCCAGGCCCGCCCUCCCCGGAGCCUCUGGCUCUGCGGCCGCACUGCUGGGCCAGAGGCCAGGCAGCGGGCGGCGCUGCGGCCCGGAUCUGUCGGAACCGGAGAAGGAUGUGCGGCGCGCGCGGAGUGCCUGGGCGGGUCCCCGCCCUGGGUGGAAGUGGUCUCCCGCCCCGGGAGGCGGGGCGGCGGGGGCGGCGGCGCGGGCACGGGCAGGCGGAGGGCGCGGGCGCGGGCGCUGGGCCGGCCAGGGCCAGUCGGGCGGCGGCGGCGGCGGCGGCGGAGGCAGCUCGGAGCGCGGGGUUCCACGCGGACUGAGCACGGGAGGGACGGUGCCUGGCGGCGGCUGCGCGGCCUCUGGCACAGAGUGAUGGAACCCAGCACCGCAAGCCAGGGGUGGGGGGGCCUGGUGGGGUGGGUCCCUGUGCAGUGCGUCCGCGCGCCCCUCCCGCCCCGUCCAUCCCGGGCGCCCCGGUGUCCGGAGCCCGGGCGGCCCCGCGGGCGCGCUGCGCGCUGGACGGGGAUGUGUGUGCACGUCUGCAUCGGGGCGUGUGCGCGCGUGGGAGCGGUCGGGGCCGGGCCGCAGGGAGCGGCCCCCCCGGGCCCCUCUGACCCCGGAGGUCGCGGCCCGCGGGUCCCUGCCCGGCGCCCCGACCUGCGAAGGAGCCUGCGGGCACCGCCGAGGCUGGCGCGGAAGCUGCCGCAGACCCCUGGGGAGGGAGCCCGGCUCCCCGCCGCUGGCGCGCCGGUCCCUGCCCCUCCCCUUAGGUCCGAGAGGGGGGACCCCGAAACUUGUCCCCUUCGGUGCGGCGCCCGCGCCUUUGCCAGGCGCACAAAGGCGCUCCCCGCCCCCACGGCAGUGCUGCAGUUUGACAGCUUCGGGCGGGAGUGCCAGCGCAUGCCAGCCCUGGCCUGGGCACCGGGGGUGCUCCAGAGGGACCCCGGCGCCCUCCUUCCCGCGCACCCGAGGGGACCGGGUUCCGGACGCAGGCAGACAGGUGUACGCGCGGCCGGGGGUGGGGGCGAGGCCAGAGAGACGCUGACGCCAGGUGGGGGCUGCACGCCGGGGUCUCCGCGGGGCGGCGACCUGGGGUCCGUCCGGGGCGCGAAGGUGCGCCGGGCAGCCCCGGCAGAUGGGCGCUCCCGGGGGCGCUGGCUCGGCGGCCAGGCUGGAGCGGGGAGGCCUCCGCAGAGAGGGGGCAGUGCUGAGAAGGACGGCGGCCUGGCCCCGGGAAGCCCUGCUGGCCGGGCCUGGGGCCUCUGUGGAAGGGGAGGGAGGUGCCCAGCCACGCCCGCCGACGGUCUGAGCGGUGCCCCUGGACGGAAGUGA